CACACUCUUUCGCCCUCCGCAGACCGCGCUCGUCCUGCAUUUAUCGAUCCCUGGGUGUCCUUAACGCCUGCCAACAUAUCUAUUGUUCAGUAUUUCAGUCAUCGGCUGCGGAGUGCCACAUGCUCCACAAUAUACCUGAAAGGACGGGAUUUCCGCGUGCGGAGGACGCGCCUUUGUAGCAGAGACGAGGGCCUAGGGUGGGUUAAGUCAGGACGAAUAACAAGCAGCAUAUUACGAUUGGUAUAAAUGUCAGACAGCUGGUGAUCGCAUCUAAACGUUUCUUGUCCUCUUCUCCCACCUUUAGUCAUAUCUUUCUCACCAGCCGGUCUGGUCCUUUCAUUUCACCCUCUUUACCCUCGCAGAAGCAUAGCAGCUGGACUGCAAGGCCCCUUCCGCGCUUCCAACCGCCAACAAGCACAUUCUGCUACUUUCAUCAGGCAAUCAUCUCCUUUCAUCAUGGUCCGACCAGUAUACGUUCUUGGCGCUGUCGUUGCAACGGCUGCCGUCUCUGCUGCUCCCAUCCCGCUUGGGGCUGCACUUGGUGGGAUGAUGAUGGGCGGUGUCCAAGCUAGCGCAGGCAAUGACCAGAACGGCAACGCGAACCAGAUCACCGAUGCUUCCGACCGAUCCGUCAACACACCCAUCGUCAACCAACAGCAGUAUUCGUUCAACAACCAGAAGAUUGCGUCCGCUGCUGGAGCACCAAGCCCUCUACAUUGGAAUAACCAUUCAGGCGCUGCACACGGGAGGGGUCGUGGCAAGCGGGGCCUUCAACUCGAAGACGAGCUUGUUCGUCGUCAGGUGGAUGAAUCGCUCGCUCCUCGCAGUUUCAGCAGCGCUCUCGGCAUGUUGGGCGGCUUUGGCGGCGCCCAGGCCAAUCUCGGCAGCGACGCCAAUCUAAACUCCAACGUUAAGCAAGACACGAGCUACCGUGGCGUCACCAGUCCCAUCCAGAACCAGCAGGUCUACUCAUUCAAGAGGAGCGUAGACCAAGACCUCGAAGACAUGCCUCUCCGCCGUCAGGUGGAUGAAUGGCUCGCUCCUCGCGGUUUCAGCAGCGCUCUCGGCAUGCUGACCGGCUUUGGCGGCGCCCAGGCCAGCCUUGGCAACAGCGCCAACACCAAUUCGAACGUCAAGUACGACCAGAGCUACCGUGGCGUCACCAGUCCCAUCCAGAACCAGCAGGUCUACUCAUUCAAGAGGAGCGUAGACCAAGACCUCGAAGACAUGCCUGUCCGCCGUCAGGUGGAUGAAUGGCUCGCUCCUCGCGGUUUCAGCAGCGCUCUCGGCAUGCUGACCGGCUUUGGCGGCGUCCAUGCCAACCUUGGCAACAGCGCCAACACCAAUUCGAACGUCAAGUACGACCAGAGCUACCGCCAAGUUGCCGCCCCCGUCACCAAUGCGCAGGUAUACUCGUUCUAGACUAUUUUGGUUCACCGAAUAAAAUGGUAGCAAUUGUGGUAUAUUGAGUAGCAAAUGAGUUCGCAUUGUAGCUUGAUGGGCACUUUGGAUAGCUGUGGAAUGAUAAUGAUAAGCCUUCAAGACGAAC